UUUACUUUCUCGAUACAGCGGGGUGCCUUACGUGGAAAGAACCGGAAACUUUUCUUCUAUAUGCCUCUCCGUCUUGGAUCUUCAGUGGUCCCCAAGGCAAUCCCCAUCCGUUCGCCGGCCUUCGCGGUGAAGAUGUGGAGGAUUGACUUGACAACUACGACCGGGGACAAGUGGAUCAGCCUGGGAACGGUGGCGUGGAUUUUGGCCUAUCAAGUUAUUAGCAAUAGCUUUGUGGCCAGCGGCAACAGUGCCUGGCUGAACACCCUAAGUGAGCUUCACCCCAAACCACCUAUGGCUUCAUUUUGGAACGUGUACCGGCUGUCCUCACCGUAUGUAAAAGAGAUCUGUCUCUUACCUCUGACCAUGCUGUCAAAUAAACUGGAGUUGCGUGCCAAAAUUUUUUUCUUCAUCGUCCUAUAGCAAUACAAUUCAGUAAAUUCUGGUGUUUUCCGUGCCGAAACCACGAUAUGAUUAUGAGGCACGCAUUAGAGGGGCACUCCGGAUUAAUUUUGACUACCUGAGGUUAUUUAACGUGCAUGCAAUGCACUGGGCA